GCCUGAGGUAGUCAAUGGCAGCGGGACGGCCGGUCGGGGAAGGCUGGCAGACGGAUGGCUAGCAGGGGACUCUUAUAAUACCCGUGUACGGGGCAGGAUGGCUCACAAAAUAGGACUGAACGACACACAGUACGAACCUGACAUUCGUGGUGAAGUGGAUUUUUGUUUUUACGAUGAUGAUGAUGUUGAAAGGACUAAAGGGUGUAAGGUAGUUAGUGGAUCAACAUACAAUUCUGUGAUCGGUUCUUCCUCUCCACCUGGUGCGAGUUGUUUGGUGGACUCCCGGUACCGUUGUGUGGAGGACACUUCUUCUAGUGGGCAACAGGCCAGUAGGAGGAGCCCAGUAGAAGGUCAUCAGGGAUCAGAGGAGGUAUCGAGGGACGAGGAUAGUGGUGCAAGUGUCAGUAGUGAUUCUAACACGCCUGGGAAGGUUGGUAGUGCGAGUUCACUUGAGGCACAGCAGCAAGGAGCCAGUGCAGUCAUGGAACACGUAGACCCCAACCCCUACAGCUCUGAUGAGUGGGAGGAGAGUGACCUGAGUGACUCAGACGACGACCACAGUGAUAGCAGUGACGACGACGACCCCAAAUCUCAGGUGGAUCGACUCAUAGAGAGAGGAACUUUGGUGUACAUGGAUGGGGAGAACUCCAAUCUCUCCUCCGAGACAGAGAGCAGUGACAGCAGCGAUUAUGAUGACAGUGACAGUGAGAGCGAUAUCACGGAUGUUUCACCACUAAUAUCAGCCACUGCUAGUCCUUUGGGUCUGUCUCCAGUUCUACCCCGGCGUGCAUUGGGCACCUCUCCAUUGGCACUCCACGACAACAGAGAUUUGAGUUUCGAAUAUCACCCAGAAAAUUCUACUUAUGAUCAGGGUUAUGAUUCACAGCCCCAUUGCAAUGGCUACAGUCACAGCAACAGCGAUGACUCCACUGACAUGACACUAUUACUAAAGGCUGUCGUGGAACUGGAGAAGAAGCAGCACAGACAAGUGAACAACAGAACUAAUGAGUUCAGUCAUCACCAAAACUCAUAUCACCACCAAACAUCGUCUCCCAUCACCAUCCACCCCAUCGAUGCCAGUCCCCAUCACCGCCAUCUACGCAGGACAAUGCAACAUUAUCGCCGCAAGAAUAUGUCCUUCACAAACGACGAAGUGCGAAGGAUAGAUCGUGAAAAUCAGAUCUUGCUCCAGAAGAUCAUGUGUGCGCACAAUCGUAGUAAACACCAAAGUUCCUCCAAUCAUAAUAGUCGGCCCGUCCACAAACCUGCUAACGCCACUGUCAGUAGAAGGAGAGAAGAUGAGAAGAUUCGCAGAGAAAAUAUGAUUUUGCUGCGAAAGAUUCAAGAGGCCAAACCUUCUCGUGAUGUAACUGCAUCUCGUUCUCCCCGUCAAAGGGCAACACAUGGCCUCCGUCCAACAUCUAGCCUUCCCACCACUCCUGGGUCCUGUGGUGCUUCAGCUCGUACAGCACCAGGUCAUGUCACCACUCCCACUCCUCGCAAAGAGACGGCUCUGUGAGGUUGCUAGUUAUUAAAGAGAGUUCAGUUGUGUGUGGCACAAACAGCUUGUGCUUUGCCGACCUUAGCUCUCUUACACUGGGUUUUAAUUACCAAUGAUUCUAGGCAGCCUGAUCAUCCCUCAGAUAGUGAACUUCAUCUGUGUGUGGAUGCAUCUAACUGUCUGUAUCCAGUCUUUACUUGAAGGUGUCCAGUUCAUAUUUUUUUAAUAUGAAGGUGUCCAGUCAAUUUCCAUGCUCUAACAUUACUAUAAAUGCAUUCAGUAGGGCAUCAGAACUAUACCCUUUAAACAAGCAACUAUUUAAUCUAUUUUUAGUGUUGGCACUCAUGUUUUUGCAAAAGUAAUGAUUACACAGUUUUGCCAUCACUACCUAUUUAUAAAGAAAUUGCUCAUACCAAAACAAAGAAUCAAAUAAUGGUAGAGCAGAAACAUUUCAUAUUCAAAAGUGUUUUAACAUCAAGAUGUGUGAUAUGAUAUACAGGUUACUAUAAAGAUUACACUAACUGGAGGAAUUAUUGAAUCUUGUAUAAUAGCAAAAAUUCUUAAAUGCAGAAAUUGCCCAUAGUUACUAUGAUGAACUUUACAUUUGCAGAGGAUGCACUAAGAAAUUUUGGGAGGUGAUAUACUUGUACUAUGCUACUAUCAUCGAGUGCAUUUGUUAUAUGCAAAGUUAAGUUCUAAGUAUGUAUUGAAUAUUUUCUGUGUAAGGAUUUCGUUAAUGUGUAACAUUGCUUCCUUAUACCUUUCCAUGUAUUUUCAUGCUUCCCCACUUUGAUCUCCUCCUUGUGUAUACUUGCUGAAGUAACGGUCAUUCUUUUCACACAUUGUUAGUACAGUGCAAGAAAGUGGCUACUGCUGUCACUUAUCUGUAAUGCUCUACAGAAAUUUAUAUGAGCAUUGGUGUUAGUCUCCAACACUUGGAAGGUGUGGAGACGAUCACCUUCCAAAAAUAUUUUGGGAAGUUUUGGAUACAACUUGCUUGGGAAUUGAAAAAAAAAAGGGAUGCUAUUGAUUAAAUAGAUAGUAAAGUCACUUCUGUUCAUGUAUGACUGGAAGCUCAACCUGCUUCUCCCAUGUGCAUAUGUAUAGGUUGUAAUUGUAUGCAUGGUUUUACAAGAAGAGAAAGGUACAGGGUUACAGGGAAAUGGGAAGUCCUCACUACCUCUAGAAUGACAAACCUGUGUUAAUGCAUAAGUUCAUAAAUCUACUCAAACCCCAUAUUCAUAUUGAAUGAAUGAUGUAGCCAUUACUCUAAAUAGCCCACAUUACAUUAGUGUAAUGUUGCUAAUACAUUCCACACAUGAUAAAUCAAUAUUUUGGGGGGUAUGUGUUCAAUGUCCUGUUUAAUAUUAACAGCUUUUGGACAGUUAAGAAAAUUGACCAACGAAUAGAGGACCAUCCUGUGUGGUGGGUGUGAAAUUUCUUUCUAAAAAGUAGGCAUGAUAGUGGCAAUCAAGAUUACCAGCUUGUUGUGUGGAUAACAUACAUUAGUGUGUUCCAAAUGUGUUGUUGGUGUUGUACAUAGAAUAUUAAGGACAGUACUAGAUGGCAUCAUUGCUGAAUUGAGUUUGAGCAUUGUACAGGUUGACCCAAUUAAAGCUCUAGUCAUCUGUAUGGCAUAAAUCAUUCUGCACUUGCAAAUUAAUUGGAAGUAAUCAGUAAAAAAAAUUAUUUGCAUAUGAAACCAUGUUGCCGUUUUGAAAUGUGUCGUUCUUGAGGACCUUGAAUCAUUUUGGAAAUUUUUUCUUGAAGAUUUUUAAAUACAUACUGUAUAAACUGUCUGGGUUAUAAUGGUGGGUUAUAAUGGACACUGAUUGCUCAAAUAUAAUUCACUUUAACCAUCUCAAAAUUACUCAUCUGUGCUAUUCCUCAUGCUUUUAUUUUGUUAUUUUCUUUACCAUUUCUCAGAACUAGUUUUACCACAUUAGUCUCCCUCUGCUAUUUUCCCCUAUAACCACAUUCAUAUGGUGAUUUUAAGAAGCAUUGAGGGACUUGGCAUAAGGUUAGUAUUUGGGUUGGUAGGUGCCAUUUUCAACAGAUGAGAAUUAUAAAACACUUUGUUCCUGUUCUAUUUUCAUGUGACCAUCAGUAACAUGCUGGGAGGAAUAUCAGCUAAUGUUGAAAGAAAUUAGGGUCAUAUUUCCUGUCUUCGCACAGACUUGAGAGUAAGCCGUAUUAUUUAUGUGAGUGCUUUCAUUAUCUCGUAAGCAGUAGCAGUGAUUAGCUCUCACUCAAUUUCAAGAAUGAUGAAUUUGGUACCAAAUUUUAGCAAAAGUGAAAUUAUUGGUACUCUGUUAAACCUCUCAUUGACUUGUACCCAGAAUGCCUGGCUAGCAGUGUCCUUAUUUAUCAAAAUAGCAGAUAAAAUUUGUCAUAGUAGGUGACUCAAUCUGUACGGAACUUUAAAAUUAGGCAUAUUUAUGAUUUUAAACUUUGAUUGCAGGUAUGUUUAAAUGUUUACAUUUGUGACACAAUGUUAACAUGACACCUUCACCUCCAGGUCUAGUGUAAAAGCACAAAGAAAAAGAAAGCACAUAAUUUUGUGAUCAUUAAGUACAUGGCAUCUAUACUUAAAAUGUUUCAAGGGCCACCACAACAAUAUGAACUAGUGACGGGUAUUGAAGUUUGUUUUAAUAUAUAUUACUAGCCAGCUAUUACAAAGCGAAACCAUACUGUGUCACUAAAGGGUGUUUAAUGUAUGGAAAGGAUGAA